CCAAGAGUUGUUUACCUCCUCGGCCUGACUCACGCAUCAGCUGUUCUGUCUUGUCUCCUCCAUGUGACUGCCAUUGAAGGGACAGCGCCCGCCUCUCACACUGCAGGGCGAGGACAUUUGCAUUAAAAGGGUGAAGAGGUACAACUUAACAAACCAACGAAGGUGUCCAGGCCCUCUUGGAGAAGUGCACCCUCAUCAGUGGUUUGUACUACCACUCUAAGCACCAAACUAUCAUCAGCAAAGUCUUGUGGAAGAGUUAGUUGUUGAAAGUGGAUCAUUGAUAUAUAAUACAAAGAAAAGUGGACUCAGAACAGUGCCUUGCGGGACACCGGCAAAGACAGGGUUUAGUGUCAGAUGAAGAGCCGUCAAGAAAAACACGUUGAGUCCUGUUUGUGAGAGAUGCCAUGAAGAGAGAAUGAGCAAGUACAAGUAUUACUGUUGAUAAGAAGAGCAACAUGUCCAAGGUCACGAGGGAGCUGAUCACCCUCCAAGUGGGCUGCUAUGCAAAUUUUGUUGGCACUCACUGGUGGAAUCUUCAGGAAGCCAGUUUUGUGUACAACACCUCAACACCUACAGACAUCAACCAUGACUUUCUCUUUCGGGAAGGCAUCACCUCACAGAGGCAAGAAACUUACACACCACGUCUCUUGGCCAUAGACUUGAAAGGCUCCCUGCACAGCCUGCCAAGCCAUGGCACUCUGUAUAGUGAUCUUGGAGAACCGUCCACCAGCGAGGCUUCCUGGGGUGGCCAGGUGGAGCUCAUUCACCAGCUGCCUCAAGAAAAAAAUGACUUCCUGAAGGACCUUGAGCAAGAAGAUGUAAGAUUUCGAGGCCUUGUAGAUGAAGACAAAGAUAUCUGCAUUGAUGACUCAAAAAUCUCUGAAACUGACACUGCCUCAAAAAAAAUCUAUGAUCUGUCUAAAUCCGUGCAAGUUUGGUCUGACUUUCUACGUCCACAUCUGCAUCCCAACGCCAUAUAUCUCAUUGACAAUUUACUGCCCAGUGUUGGAAGAGCUGCAGCAGGGAGCACUGGGGGCACCUGGGGGGGAUUUUCCUCCGGACAUUCUGCAUUUCAGAGAGAGGAAGUGGAGGAAGAAAUCACUGACAGAAUACGGUGUUUGGCAGAGUCUUGCAAUAGUUUACAGGGUUUCCAGCUGCUAAGUGACAUCCAUGACGGGAUGGGAGGAGUCAGCUGUGGGAUCCUGCAGCAUCUAGCCGAUGAAUACGGUUCCAAGGACUCCAUAACAUUCACUACAUCACCGCCACAUCUCGCUCCGUCAACGGAUCCAGCCAGAAUACUGAUGCAAGCCUCCAUCAUUCAGUCUUAUGCUGAACUGAGCCAGCUGUCAAGUGUGUUGAUUCCCCUCAACCUGCGGAAGAGUGUGCUGGACUUUGAAGCUCCCUACUCAGCGUUUCAACACUUGACAAUGAAGGAAUAUAAUGCAUAUGUGACAAGCAGCAUCAUGGCAGCAUUCCUGGACACUGUAAGCAUGGCGUACCGCAGCCGCACUUUGCCUCUGCCGCUUGCAAAUGUGGUAGACAUUUUGACCCCGGCAAGAAGAAAAGUUGCAGGAGGCAGCUUGGCAUUCCCUCUUGGCAUAAGCUCAACCCAGAGUUUGUCCGACUGGCUGCACCAAGAACAAAAGUCUUCCUUUGUGUCCUUGAGUUCGGGAUGUAACUUCAACUUAGAACCAGUCAGUGAAGUUCUUACAAUCAGAGGUAUUCCAGCAUCCAGGUUGAACAGACCUGAUGCAAAGAGGAGUGGCGGAAGAGUUUUUGCAAGUGCUGAUCAACUUUAUAAAGAUUUUCUGCAAACCUCCCUCAAGCCCCCAAGCUUUCGAUAUGUGGUGGGUGCCGUGGAUCCUGUGAAGACUCCUGCACCCUUCCCAAACAUCUUUACUCCAUCAGUUACAGACGAAGGUUAUAUAGACAUCUAUCAGAAAACUCCACUACAAGGAGUGAGCAGUGUCCCUUGUUCGGCUGGGUUGCACCAGAGCAAAGGCUUGGCCGACUUGCUCCAGCAGCUGCUGACGGCUGCAAAGAAAUUUGACGUGAUGAAACAUCCAUCAUUACUAGAAGAAGGUGUGGACAAGGACAGCUGGGUAGGGAUGACUGAGGAUCUGCAGGAUAUGACUUAUAAUUAUUGUGGUGAUAGUGAAGAGAUUACUUCUGAUGAUGACUGAUUUAAUGAAAAUAUUAGAAUAAUA